AUGGCCACGCAAGCCAUCGACUACCGCUUCUACCCCCAUAUCAUCGACCUAAUCCUCGCCUACGCGUCAUGGCCAGUCCUCAGUACCUGCCGAUUGACGUGCAAGACGCUCCUCGAGUCUGUCCGCCGUGUCCAGAGUCAACACAUCAUGCUCCGCCAGCUCCGAGGGUUCGAGGGGUACGGUAACCCCUACGUCGAGGUCACAACACCUUGGGGCCGUCUUCCCGGCUUGGACCGUAUCCGUAUCUGUGAAAAGAACGUGGACCGCGAGAUCGCUCGUGUCAAGCCCUACACCAGACAUACGACAGUUGUCGACAUUGAAGGCUACGUCGACAACAAGUACAAUCUUACUCACCUCGCUGGGAUUCUCAAGCCUCGAUACCUUGCGCCUCAUCGAGGGGGCCAAGGUUGUCCUAAAUUUGAACAGCAUUCCGGCGGUAACCCCUGUACUUUGGGAAACUACCGCCUCGGCCAAUAUACCUAUGGUACAAAUUUGAUCAUUUACGCCAACUACACGCUUUGCGGGCCAAACGGCUUCGUGGGCUUCGACCAAGACUUUCCCAUCAACUUGACGUCUCCCUUGCAAUGCGACCCCAAGUUUCGCUGCACCUUUGUUGGACUCGAGGAAUGUGCGACGUCCAGAGACUACGACGUACGCCGACGACUGCGGGACAAGCUCAUUCUUUGGGAGGAACCAGAGGAAGAUAUAAACGACGCACUCGACAAAGUUACAGUUCUCACCAAGCACGAAUACGCCAAGGGAGUCAAGGACAUCGAGCUCGAGACCGUCCAGUAUUUCGAAUGUGAUGUGGAGGAGGACUGA